AUGCUCCUUGGAAGCUCUUCAGGUUCAGAUCCCUGGCUGCUUCGUCACUUUCGAUUCGAUGAACUAGGCUUGCGGAGCUUCCACAAAUUGCAUGUCCGAAAUGCUGGGGGCGUGCCGACGGCGGACAAGAUCCCAGUACACUUUCUGCUCAGCUCAGACGCUCUGUAUCGAAGUUCAAUUGCCGAAGCAAAGGCCAUGGAGUUGCGUAGGCGACUGGAAUAUUUGGUGCCGCAGUCCACAGGGGCUCGGCUUGUUCGUCUAUUUCACAGGUAUGUCUUCGAGAUGCUUCCCAUAGUUUCUCGGACGGCAAUGCGUUUGACAUCGCAGGAUGCCCUCCCACAGCCAGUCAUCCUAACAGAAACACCAACGCAUCUUCUGGCCGCUUUGUAUGGUUCGGCUAUCCCGUUCGCCCACCAAGACGAUCAUCUGGUAGCCCUUUCUGCUUGUGAUCCCAUCAAUCUGGACGAUGUAUGGGAGAUAUGUUAUGCAAGCCUGCAAGAGGAAUUCUGCAAGCCCCAUCUGCAUGUUCUUCAAGCUGCAAUCUUGUACCUUCACAGGACCCAUGAGAGCCCGCGACAGUCUGCUUUUACGGAUACGUCGUCCAUUUGGCCGUUUAUGGGAACAGUCGCAGGACUAGCACAUAACCUAGGCCUGCAUUUGGAGUGUAGGAUGAUGGGUCUUCCUGCUCAGGAGAAGCGACUACGGCGAAGGUUAUGGUGGGCAGUCUUUAUACAAGACAAGUUCCUCUCACUCCAUACAGGUCGGCCCCCUUAUAUUCGUAAAGAUGAGUGGGAUGUUGGCGAGCUUGACGACUUUGACUUCUUGCCGUGGAACCAGACGAAUGCUUCGAAGGCGUCUCCGUUUCGGGACAUGGCUAGACUCUCCCUGAUCGCAGAGACACUUCAGGCGGACUUGUAUUCCCUGAAGUCAUGCCAGAAGCUGGCUGAGAACCUACCUGAUUCUAUCCAAGCUGCGCGACCUAUCUUUGAUGCCUUACAUCAGUGGCGGGCGUCCGUCCCGAUACCAGAGUCAUUUCACGAGUCAAGGGUCUUGAUCAAUGAGAACCAAAAUUCAUACCCGGCUUGCAUAUCUCUCUCAUACCUUUCGCUGGUCGCGUAUACAUGGCGAGCCCUACUUCGGCCGACAGUUCGAUCAGCCCCUCCCCCUCAGAUCAUAGAUGUUGACGCUGAGCCGCAGACGUUCCCAGAUACAGGGUUCCUCUUUGAGGACCUUAGCUGGAAUUUCUCUGAUUUUCCGGAGCUGGAGCUGCAGCUUGAGGACGGGGCUCCGGACUCGAGUGCAACAAUCAAGGAGCUAUAUCAAGCGGCACAGACUUGGGCAGAAACACUGGUCAAGUUUACAGUCUGUCUGACCUCCAGCGAGUUUGGCCAAUUCUGGUAUUCAUGGUCCAGAUUCGGUUUGGUAGUGGCCUCCAAUUUCCUCUUGUUGUUGCUAGUUCAGGCCCCCAAUGCUGAAAGUAGCGUGCGAGUCAGAGAACUACUUGAGAUAUGGCGUCAGCUUGUCAAAGAUCAUGCCAAGGUCUCUCCACUGUUCCUCUUAACUGCGAAAGAGAUGGGCCAGGUCUAUCAAACAGGGAUUGCAGACAUGUUUUGUAUACCUUCUCACGUACAAGCCAUUUUGUAA